AUGCAAGAAUUCACUUUGGAUGUUAAUGACAUUCUCGAUGAAAAUCUCAUGCCAGUGUCUUUAAUGCUGCUCGACAAUGAAAGUGCUAAACGUGAAGUGAAAAAUUCUUCUUUAAAUACCCUCGACGAAGAGUUCCAAUGUGUAACAAAAGAGAAAAUUAAUGCAGAAGAUGGAACAUUAAGCAAUGCAUUCAACUCAAUGGGCUUUCAUAGGAGAAUGAUAAAUAAUUUUCUAUGCAGUAAGUUUGUAGCCGAGAAAAUCCUCGAUGAAGUUCAACCAUUGAGAAUGAGAAAUCGUUUGGGAGUUGCGGCAAAUCGUUUGCCGGAAAUGAAAUUCAUGAAGAAUAAUUCGGUGCCAUUGAACGGUGGCGUCGAGAAGUCUCGCAUGCUUUUCGAUGAAGGAUCUUAUGAAUAUAAAAACUGGCUUGCAAAAACUGUAACGUUGGAAGAUAUAAACAAAAAUAUAGAAGCAAGGAAAUUGAGACGUCAAGAUCAAUUCGUUGAUAAUGGAAAUCAAUAUAACGAAGAGAAUUAUGAAGAAGGCGACGUCACUGGAUUUAUGGUGCAGAACCCUCUACCAAAUGGCGGAAUUAAUUCACUUAAUCACUUUUCAUCGCCACAAGCAACUGCGGGAGCAAAAACAGGUUACUCAUAUGGACCGACAAUGCAACAAGAUUAUUCAUUUCACAUGCCACCACCAAUUUAUCAUCCGGCACUAACUCAAACAAAAGCAAUUGGAAUCAAAGAUCUUUUCGACAUUGCUUUAACAGCUUUGGCUUAUCUUUCCUUUGGACUUUUCAUGAUUCAAGUGGUUUUAUGUAUAUUUAUGAGUAAGCAAAGUGAGACCUCAGUGAUGUUGCCGAUAGAAAUGACAGCUGACGGAGCAGAAGUCGAUCCGGCGGAUGCUGAAGUUCGUGUUAAAAGAGCGAUUGAAAAGCAUACGCCAGAAGUCAUUAAACAAGCGAAUAUCAUCUCAAAGCGAACGUUACAAACAAUGGAAGCAUUUUUAAUGGCGAAAGAAGACCGAGGGCGAUGUUUGAAAAAGUUCAUCUGCGAGAAUAACAAAUUUUCGAAAGAAACUUUUGGCAUUCAAAAGUUUACGAUUCCAAUUUUUGGAAUCUCACUCAGCUACAUCUCAACUAAACUCAACAAUUUCCCCGUUACAGCAACACUUGACGGUUUACAGGCAUCGUUAGUCGGUCUCGGAAGUGGUGAUUGUUCUUACUUCAAGUGCAAUUCAAAAACUCUUAACAGAAGACGAAAAUAA